CAGUGAGUAUUGCACAACAAUGUGACAACUUUACUGUGGAUGAUCCAGACACAAACACGGCUUCUGAAAGUACCUACUCAGCAGGAUGCAGCAGCCACCUCGACCAACACUGUUUGACUUCCAUGGAGUCUCCAUGACCAAACACUUCACUGACAACUGGGACAACAUACAGAAAUUCAAAGCGAGACCAGAUGAUAUCCUUAUAGCAACUUAUCCUAAAGCAGGAACCACUUGGGUCUCAUACAUCCUGGAUCUUCUGUAUUUUGGGCAGACAUGUCCAGAGCGUCAGGCAUCCGUUCCUCUUCAUGAGAGAGUGCCAUUCCUGGAGAUCAGCACACCGUCUCAACCCAAAGGCAAAGACUUGGCAGACCAGCUUCCCACCACUCCCCGUCUCAUUAAAACUCAUCUGCCAGUCCAGUUCAUACCCAAGUCCUUCUGGGAGCAGAACAGCAGGAUAGUCUAUGUGGCUCGUAAUGCGAAGGACAAUGCAGUGUCCUAUUUCCACUUUGGCUGCAUGAACAGUAUCCAGCCAGAAACAGGGGACUGGAGCACCUUUCUGAAUGAUUUCAUGGAGGCAAAGAUGGUGUUUGGAUCAUGGUAUGACCAUGUGACCGGCUGGUGGGAGAAGAAACAGACUUAUCCAAAACUUCACUACAUGCUCUAUGAAGAUCUGAUUGAGGACUCUGGACGAGAGAUAGACCGACUCUGUUCCUUCCUUGGUUUGUCUCCUUCAGCUGAGGAGAAGGAAAGAGUCACAACUGGAUCGAACUUUGACAAUAUGAAACAAAACAAAAUGACAAACUUCUCCACCGUCAAAGUUAUGAAUCAUGCGGUGUCACCCUUCAUGAGAAAAGGGAAAGUUGGCGACUGGAAGAACCACUUCACUGUGGCCCAGAAUGAAGCGUUUGAUGAGGACUACAGGCGCAAAAUGAAGAAUCCUACACUGCAGUUUCGUACUGAACUUUAGAGGCCUGGCCCAGCUGUGCAUAAUGAAGAGUCAGCCGUCAGUAAUUUGAUAAGAAUCUUGAUGUUUCUGAGUCAAAUGUUACAGUUGAUUAACGAGGAUAUUGUCUAAUCAGUGCAAGACACUUCCUUCAAUAGUGAUGCUGACCGAUGCUCUUAAAUAAUCAAAUAGUUAGAAAAGAAAUUUGCAAAAAUCAAAGAUUGAUGAAAGCCAGACAUGUUAACACUCCUUUUAUUGUGUUUGGGUAUCUACAUUAUGUCACUAGUUUGUGGAAAUAAGUUAGAUGGAAGUGAAUUUAUUUUAUUUACUUUUGAAGUUGUCCAUAACGGCUGCAAUCAAGAUCCAGGCCCUGUUCCUUAGUCAGUUGUCAGAUUGUGUUAUGUGUUACUUACUAAGCGUUCCAGUCACUUCAUCUGUCUGCCUCGAUCUUCCUCCUGUUCCUUGGGCUUCUGCCUUUUCCUGUGACCUUUGCCUGAUUAAGUUUGCCCUUCUUUGUUUGCUUGCCUGGUUUCUUUACUCCUGCCUGUUGUGUGACAGUGAGUAAAAAUGAGCAUUUAUAUGUA